AUGGUGGCCGAUCCUGCCUGGACGUCCCGGGCCGGUUCCUAACCCACGUCCGCCGUCCCCCGCCCCGGUGGAGAGAGGCUUGCGCUGCUCCUCGCCAUGCUUGGCAGCGGCUGCUGCGGAUCUCUGGGUCCAGGGUCGCACACGCCCCGCUAACCCUGGCCACUGCUUAGGAGGGGACGCCCGGGACUGCAGUUCUAGGCCCCGCAGCCAAGAGAAGCAGCAGGUCCCAGGGCCCACUCCAAGUCGUUAUCUCCAGCUUUGUUCCCGGGUCCGGGAACCAGCGGCCGCAGUCGGCCACUGUCGUGGGCGAGAACGGGGGCGCGGGGCGGUCGGGGAUUCUGCUGGGCACCUCACGUGCGCGCAGGGCCCAGCUUCACCACCGCAGCUGCAGCCGGGCCGCCUGGGGCCUGCGAAUUUCCCGGGUUGCGGCGCGGUACCGCCCCGAGGAAUGAGGGCGCGGCCCCGGUGGAAGGGGCAGGUCUGCGGCUCCGGCCACUGGAGGGGCGGGCACCGGCGUCCCACGAGGUCGCCGGUCCUCAGCCUCCAGCCUGCCUGCCUCGCUCCGGAUGCGCGGGCGACCCCGCUUCGCUGCGCUCCCCACUGGCGGCUGAGGCGCGCUGCAGGCGGGAGCUGCGGCUCCGAGAUUCCGGGCGUCCCCGCCGUGCCAGCGAUGGAGAAGCGCCGAGAGCUUCCAGGUCGCGGCUUCCGGAAAUUCGGUUAUUGAGCGGAGUUGGGGGUCAGGUUGCAAAAGGAGAGCCCCCUCCCCCAGGUUGUAAUCACCACCCGGCCCGCCGCUUCCGCAGCCGCGAGUCUAGGACGGAGCUGUUCGGUUGA